AAUAAUAUAAAAUAAUAAAAUUUAUAAAAAAAAAUCAUAAUAAUGUUCGAAAAAAACAUGGAUGGCAACAAUCUAUCGGUGUCCAUUGGCGGUGAUCUGGACUCCACAAGUUCCGGCGGCACAUCUUCGGAUCACUCAGCCGUGCAGCAGGACAACCUCAGUUCACCGAUGGCCUACGGAUCACUCUUUCUUCCAAAUGCUGGUUAUCGUGGAAACCUUUCAUGCAAAACGGUUUUGCAAUUAGAUAAGUUUGCUCCCUAUGAGGGAGCGGAAAAAGAUCACCUGCUAGAGCGUCGCUUUCAGGAUAUCACCAACGACUAUGAUAAGUCCCCACCGCCCACCGCUUCAACCACGCCCACCCACUAUCCCAGCCUGAAUAGCAUAAUAUUCGAGAAUGGCAGCGGUGGCAAUUUAGGCGAUCUCAAUGGUAACACCAAAACCGAUUUAUGCGGCUUGCAGAGGAGUGGAAGUGGAUUGAGUGGUAAUCCCGGCAGUGGAGGGGGUGGAGGUCAUCUGAUUUCCAAUCUCACGGCUGCUCACAACAUGACCGCAGUAGGAAGCUUUCCCAUCGAUGCCAAAAUGCUGCAGUUUUCAACGGAUCAGAUCCAGUGCAUGUGCGAAGCCCUGCAGCAAAAGGGUGACAUCGAAAAGUUGACCACCUUCCUUUGCAGUCUGCCACCCAGCGAAUUCUUCAAGACCAACGAGAGUGUCCUGCGUGCCCGAGCUAUGGUAGCCUAUAACUUGGGUCAGUUCCAUGAGCUCUACAACCUGCUCGAGACGCACUGUUUCUCCAUCAAAUACCAUGUGGAUUUGCAGAAUCUCUGGUUUAAGGCUCAUUACAAGGAGGCAGAGAAGGUUCGCGGUCGUCCACUUGGAGCAGUGGAUAAAUAUCGCCUGCGGAAAAAGUAUCCCCUGCCCAAAACGAUCUGGGAUGGUGAGGAGACGGUCUAUUGCUUUAAAGAGAAGUCCCGGAAUGCUUUGAAGGAUUGUUACCUAACGAAUCGCUAUCCCACUCCCGACGAGAAGAAGACGCUGGCCAAAAAGACGGGACUGACGCUCACCCAGGUGUCCAAUUGGUUCAAGAACCGUCGGCAGAGGGAUCGCACGCCUCAGCAGAGACCUGAUAUUAUGUCGGUGCUUCCUGGGCAAUUGGACGGUAAUGGCUUCCCGCGCAUGUUCAAUGCCCCCAGCUAUUAUCCCGAAACGAUUUUCAAUGGGCAAUAAAAAAAUUGCGAUCCAUGCUAGGCUGUUUUUUUCGUGUAAAUAAUAAUACGUUUUUAUGUUAGGACAAAAGCAAAUGGAAAACUGGUCAUCAAAUGGCACAACUUCGUUAGCUUUAGAAUAAACUUAUUUUUGCUUUAUGUAUUGUACAAUACUAUUAAUAAACCAAUGGAAGUAGAUCAAUAAACUCGAAUAACUAUA